ACGUUGUCCGUGUCGGUACCGGUACUUCCCGCAAUCCUCCGCGACGUGACGCCACUUCCACAACCGGGAUGUGACGUUGUAAAUACCCAUCGGCCCCGUGUUGUUUGGGUGAAUCCAUUAUUAUAUGCAGAUCCGGUCGUCACCAUGGGUGAAAGAAAAGGAACAAACAAAUACUACCCUCCAGAUUUUGAUCCCGCUAAGCAUGGAUCCCUCAAUGGCUACCAUAAAACUCACGCUCUGCGGGAGCGGGCCAGGAAACUGUCUCAGGGCAUCCUCAUUAUCAGGUUUGAGAUGCCCUACAACAUCUGGUGUGAUGGCUGCAAAAAUCACAUUGGCAUGGGGGUCCGUUACAAUGCUGAGAAGAAAAAAGUGGGGAACUACUACACCACGCCAAUCUACAGGUUUAGGAUGAAGUGCCAUCUGUGUGUCAACUACAUUGAGAUGCAGACAGAUCCGGCAACCUGCGACUAUGUGAUAGUAAGUGGGGCAAGCAGGAAGGAGGAACGCUGGGACAUGGCUGAAAAUGAGCAGAUCCUCACCACAGAGCGGGCUGAGAAGGAGAAACUGGAGACAGAUGCCAUGUUCAAACUUGACCACGGUGGUAAGGACAAGGAGAAGCUUAAGAAGGCUCUGCCUUCUCUGUCGGAGAUCCAAGACCACCAGUCCGGCUGGAAGGACGACUUCCAGCUCAACAGCACCCUCCGCAGGAAAUUCAGGACAGAGAAGAAAGUUCUGGCCGAGCAGGAGGAGAAAGACAACACCGUGAGGAUGAGGACCAACCUGUCCAUCCCAUUGCUGCCAGAGAAAGAGGAGGACAAGAAACUGGCAGCACUGCUCACCUACCAGGCACCUGACUCCUACGAAGACAAGCAGCACAGCAAACGGAAAGAGAUCUCCUCUCGUUCCUGGUUCAACGCCACCUCAGCGACGCCCGGGAGUGCUGCAGGCUGCCUGCUCCAUAAACUUGGCCUGCAGGGGAAAGAAGCAGCAGUGGCCAAAGCCCUGGGAUCCUCACACAGCCCCCUGAUCCGCAAGCGCACAGGAUCAUUAGGAAUUAAAGCUGAACCCUGCGCCACUAUCACUCGAAGACAGUCAUAUGAUGGAGAGAUUUCAAAAGCCACUCAGAGAGAGGAAGCUCCAACUAUAGUAUCUAUACAAGUUGGGCAGGAGGGAACAGAGACAAAUGGCAGUGGCUCAGGAGAGGCACAUGUCAAAACCACAGAAGAAGCAGAUGAAAGGCUAACACAAACAAAGGACUUUGGGAAGAAGGAACAGGACAGAUGUUUAGGAGCUGUCACAUCCCUGGUGGCGGACUACAGCGACUCAGAUUCAGACUGUGGACAAUGAAACUGAAUGAUAAUUUAAAGGGACAGUUUCUGUUCAGAGUGAGUCAGGGUGACAUCAGUCAUAAAAUACAUGCCGCAGACAUCUGCUGUGACUGUACUGCUUUUUGUUGUUAUCUCACACGCCUGGUCACAAUGGAAAUAUUUUGUUUUGUAAAAGAAAAUGUGCAAAAUAAAAUUUUAGUUUUAAUCUUUGAAUUUUUAAUGCAUUGUCAUGAAUGUGUCAUA